AUGUCCUACACCCGCGAGGACUACUUGAGAGUGCCAAACCCUUCCCUAUUUAUCUAUGAAAGACGGAGCACAUUCACUCAAAAUCGGAAGUGGGCUCCGAUCGAUUCAAUCCAAAUGUGGGAUGAAUUUUCGUCUUUCCUAGACACGUAUAGGGAAAGAUUAAACCGAGCAAUCGAGCCUGAUUCUCUAAUCAGUUUGUCCGAAGAAACGGCAUUCAAUCGCAUAUACGAUGAAGCUGGCUUGACAUUAAUCCAUGGGACGAGUAUCAUCAUGCCAGUCUGCAAAGCACUUCCAGAUGAUACGUACGUCACGACAGGAGGAGAGAUGAGCACUCUCAACCCAGAUCUUCGACCUGAUUGGGGGGCAACUAGGGUGAUUGAUGGCUCACCUCGCCACAUCGUAUGCGGCGAAACCAAAAUCGGUUGGGAUGUUGUCGCGGCUGUCAAAAUGAUCCAACGUCAUCCAGAUGGAUAUGACAACGCAGAAGGCGCUGAUCUUGCCCUACCAUUUGAGCAGCUGCAACAUUAUUGCUUGGGGUUCAAUGUUCCAUUUGGCUUCAUCUUGACAGAGGAGUAUUUAGUAUGUUGUCAAAUAACAUUAGAGCCCGAUAUUAAACGCUCCCCUCGGCCGAAAAGGACGACCGCGAAAUAUCGUCAUAAUCGUAUGCAAUCUUCCUCAACGACCUCCACUGGUCUAGAGACGAGUUUAAGUGACAUGUCUUUUGAACCGUCCUCGACUUUUCGGAAUGUUGGACCAAUGAAAGUAGCGAUUGACCGAUGGAGUCCGCUAGGGCAAACGGGUGAACUACCGAUCAAAGUGUCUCUAUGGCUCCUCAUUAUGAAAGCACGGAAUCACAACGGGUUAAAGGUUGAAGAUACAGAUGAUCAGAUGAAUGUUUACAGUGAAGGCCAAGGAGCAUCACAGAGAAAGGAGAAAGGUAAGAGAAGAGAAAGAUACUAG